AUGUUACAGACAGUAAGCGAGUGGCUGUGGUGGGACCGUUUGUGGCUGCCGGGAAACCUCUCCUGGUCUGAUCUGGAGGACAGUGAAGAUCACAUAUACGCCAAAACCUCUCACCUUUACGCAGCUGUUCCCUGUGCUUUUUGCCUGCUCCUUGUCCGAUACCUGUUUGAGAGGUGAGAACCUACAGUCUGCGAGUAGAUGGGCCUAUGUCUCAGGGAGAUUAGCGACGUCUGGUUGCAGAAUUCAGGGAUUAUGUUGCUCAAGCCGAGUGGAGCAAUGAGCCUGGGCACUCCUGCUAUGUGUAGCUGAAACACUGACACAUAAUUAAUGUAAUAUGUGUUGUCACAGGUACCUGGCCACACCACUGGCUAAUGUUUGGGGAAUCAGGGACAGGGUACGUCUAAAAGCAGAGUCAAACCAUGUCCUGGAAAGUUUCUUCUGCGGCCAAAAACGGGCUCCAUCACAGGUAUGUUCUAGGAAAGAAAAAUAUGCAAAUCAAAGUCCUGAAUACAGAAUACAGGAGGAUGAAUUAGAAAAAAAUGAUUAAAUUAAAUGUGUGAUAAAUCUAUGUUUUUUUUUUUAUCUGAUAACUCUUUAGGGGUAAAUGCUGUUGGCUUGGUAUAUUUUGGACAGAGAGUAAUAACUUUGUUGUUGCCCUCAUGCUUCAGGCAGAUGUGAGGUCUCUGUGCAAGAAGACCAGCUGGACAGAGAGAAAAGUUCAGCUCUGGUUCAGGAGGAGGAGGAACCAGGAGCGCGCAGGACUUCGCAAGAGGUUCUGUGAAGCCAGGUAUGAGUGUCUGUCCAUCCAUCCGUGUGUGGUUGAUAAUUGAUGUGAGAGUAUAUGUGUGUACAUCUAAAUAUGUGCUAUUAUUGUUUUUGUCCAUCAACAGUUGGAGAUGUGUCUUUUAUUUCUUUGCAUUCAUUUACGGGGUUGUGGCCCUCUAUGAUGUGAGUACUUUUGGGUUCUGAUGAAUAUGAAUAUAUUCAGCUCUUGCGUUGGCCACUAUUGUAUUGCACAGGGUGCUUUCUUUGCUGCUGUGGGAUAUUUCUCUUUCCUUGUCUGCCUCUCUUCUGUCGCCCCAUGUGGAUGUAUUGCUCUGGUUUCACUGUGUACAAUAUGUGCUUCAGGGUUUUUCUCACACUCCGGCACUCACACACACAUGCAUGUGCUUGUGGACACCUUUUACCCUUGCCGUUUUUUUUUUUUUUUUUUUUUCCACCCCAGACCUCCUCACACACACACACACACACACACACACACACACACACACACACACACACACACACACACACACACUAACACCCUUUUUUAAUUUUGUUGGCUGCAGAAACCCUGGCUGUAUAAUCUGAGAGAGGUUUGGGCCGGCUUUCCAAAACAGGUACAAGUUUUUACUCGUUUUUACUCUUACCUUUAUAUUAUUUUAUUCAACAAAGUGGUUUAACAAUAAACUAUAGGCUUUCUACAGUCCAAGGAUUGUACAAUAUCACAGUACGUGGUAUCAUGGACUUUAUAAGUGUCUGUAUGAGCUGUGUGACCCAUUUUCAUUCUACUUGAGAAAAGUAGAGCAUGACCUUUUUGUCACAAGCACUUUUUCUGUUGGUCUUUGCAAUAUCAGUGCUGUAGUACUUAACCCUCAUUAACGUCAUGUGCAAUAUUACUUUUACAUUAACUAUAAUGUGCAGUUUUUAUUUCAAUAUUAUGAUGCAGUGUUAUGUUUUACAUUAUCUGGUACGAUAAGGUUGUCCUAGUUAUCACUGUGAAGCCUUUUGUUAUUUACUUAUUACCAUGUCCAUUUAAUCUUAAGCACUUUUAAUCUCACUUUCAUUCACUUUGUAGUUUUUUACACUAUAUUGGCCCCUGUAAAUUAGAGGCUUUUAUUACGUUAUUCACUUUGAUGUAUUGUUAUUUUGGAGCAAUCUGGCCCUAAAAUUCUGCUAGGACUAAUAAAGUUCAGGUGUAUCUUAUCUCAUUAUCUCUUACACCAUCCUAUCUCAUUUGUACGUGAAGUCCAUGCUGCCAUCUCAGCACUGGUAUUACCUCUUGGAAAUAGGCUUCUACCUCUCUUUGAUCCUCAGCCUCACGUUUGAUGUGAAACGCAAGGUAAGCAUACUAAUAUCUGUGUUUAUACAUAAGUGCUUAUGCAUAACCAUGAGGUACUCAGUGAUACACUGAGGCAAAACCUACAUAUAUACCAUCAUUAUGUUAUAAUAUUUUUUCUCUGUUUGUCAUAUACAUGCAUGUUUACCUGUUAUUUGUAUCUAGGACUUUAAAGAGCAGGUGAUUCAUCAUAUAGCCACACUGACCCUCCUGUGCUUCUCCUGGAUUUCAAACUACAUCCGUAUUGGAACUCUUGUGAUGGUGGUCCAUGACUCUGCAGACAUACUGCUGGAGGUCAGAGCUUUAAUCAGCACUAGUGCACUAUAGGAGCACUUCAGGCUGGUGUGGUGUUACAAAAUAAGUGGAAUUUCCCCUCGUAACAGUUCAGUGGACUGACUCAAAAGAACAGUUACUUUGUCUUCAAAGGUAGUUUUAAGGCGGUGAAGUGUACUCUUAAGGAUAGAGUGAGGUUUAAACCACAGCUAAAUGUUUCUGAUACUCUCUGUCAAAGGUAUUUGUUUACCUUCUGUAUUGGCACAGGUAAAGCUGUAUAAGUGAAUAAUUACAUGACGUAAGCUAAGUGCAAAUAGAAAGAAUACCUGCAACAACACUAUAGCAGGCAUUAGACUGUCCUUUUUAAACAAAGGUCUGUUUUUAUCCCGCAGGGCGCCAAAGUACUGAACUACGCCAAGUGGCACCAGACUGCUAACAUCAUAUUCGUGGUGUUUACAGCUAUCUUUAUGCUCACAAGACUUGUGAUUUUUCCUUUCUGGUAAGUGUGAUAAAGGAUCAAGGAUUUCUUUAUUAUUUCCAAGGGGAAAUUUAUUGUACAGCCGGUGUUAACACACAACCAUCACACUGAAUAAGUAGCUUCUGUUUGUUUCUCUAUGUGUUGGCCUGACACAUCUGAACUUCAGGCUGCAUUUUAUGGCUCUGCCCUCUCAGAUGUCUUUUUGGUCAGGAAACUAUUAUGUCUCUAAGCUAUUUUAUUUAACAAAGUUAUGUAACUGCACACUUCAGGCUUUUUACAGUCCAGGGAUUUACAAAGAGUUCAUGUGCAGCCUUCGUUUGUGAUUUCUAAUUCAGUUGAUCAAAUUUCUUGUUACAUGUGUUAAAAAAAACAUUAAAUGUAGCUGUGUCUGGAGCCCCGAAGCAGCUUCUGCAACAAAAGGGCUAAAAAUAUCAUCCAUCACACAGACAAUAGCAAAGAAAACAAGCACAACACAACUGUAAAAAAGGGCAAUCAAAUUAAUAUAAAAAAUGAAUACAACAUUAGCUUUUCAAAAAGCUGAUGGCAGUUGGGGAAAAAGAGUUUUCCAGUCAGUCAGUCCUGCAUGCAGAGAGAAUGUAUCUGCAGCCAAGCGGAAAAACAACAAGCUUUUUAAACAGUGCAUGGUGCAGAUCAUUUAAGAUCCACUGAGCCUUUUUCAAGAGUCCUGAGCGUGAAUACCUGGCUCAAAUAAUUCAAAGUAAUGCCUGCAAUUCUGCACCACAUUUGAACAACCUGAAACCAAUUUCUGUUCUUAAGAUAAACUUAUCUUUAAAAACAACUGAGAGAAAAUCUAAGAAAAGAUUCACCAAAAUAAUGCAAAAAUAUUUACACUGCAUCAACAUUAGAAAUAAAAGCUAGCUUGUCAUCAUUAGUGCCAAAGUUAAGGUACUUUUUCUUUCCUUUUUUUUUUUUUUUUUUUUUGAUAGGGACAAUGCAAAUUACACAGUACAACAGCCUGUUACACAGCCUGUAGUAAGUGAUGUUUUGCAUAUACAGAUUACAGCUAUGGCCAGUUUCAAAUAGGAAAAACUAUCAAGAUUACACACAGUAACAGACAUAGGCCCACAGUAACAACUGUACAGUAUAAAAAAAUGAAUACCAAGGGUUAAAAUUUGGUCCGGGCAAGUCUAACUAUCUUUUGUUUAAUAUCUUUACAGGUUAAUUCACUGUACAUGGGUUUACCCACUGGAGCUUUUUCCCCCCUUCUUUGGCUACUACUUCUUCAACGUGAUGCUGUGUAUUCUUCUGAUGCUCCACCUCUACUGGGCUGCUCUAAUAUCCCGAAUGCUCUAUAAGUGUCUCUUUUCCAAGGUGUGUUUUCAUGUGUUCAUUCGUGCAUUUAAAGGAAAGAGAAUGUACAAUUUCUACAACUGGCAUGUCCUUUUAGGCUUUUGUUUGGCUUACCCUGAUCUACCUCUCUUCUGUGGCUUUUCUACAUCACACAGCUGGAAGGUGAUGACAGGAGUGAUGAAGAUGAGGAUGACAGUGACACACCAGAGGAAAGAAAUCACAAACUGAACCAUAAAAAUGGCUCUGGAACCAGAGGUCGAGCGAAUGGCCACUGACACAGCUAAACAUAAACUGAUUCAGCUUGGAUUGAUGUUUGAAUAAAAUAAUGACAUCCAUGCAAAACAAAACGACACUUGGGCCAAGAUUUUCAAUGAAAGUGUGAGGACUUCAACUUUAUUUUUUGAAGUGUUUAAAAUUUAUCAUGUUCUCUCAAUCAAGACAAGUGGAAGAUUUAUUGAGAAU